AUGCAGCAGUCCACCCCCAAAGUAGACCACGACGUCCUUUCCUCCUGUGAUGCGGGCCAGCUGGAGCUGUGUGCCGUGGAAACGCUCAGCUCCAUGGACCCCAAGGCGCUUGCUGACCCCACGAUCAUUGACAGCUCCACAGCAGCGCGACCCCAGGCGACGACAGGGGCCCCCGCCUCGGAGCCUGCUGCCAACCCUUACUCCAGUCCUGGGGGCAAGUGGAGUAGGCUGCAGUCCUACUCCACGAUCCAGCGCACGUGGGACAUCUGGAGCUUCGCGAUCUCCUUUGCGGUGCGGCUGUGGUGGAGCGGGAAGAAGUUGGCCUAUCGCAGGACGGGCAUGACCCCGGAAGCCGUCUCCGCCAAGAAGACGGAGCUGGCGUGCUGGGUGCGGGAGGGGCUGGUGCGGCUGGGCCCCACCUUCAUCAAGAUCGGGCAGCAGUUCAGCACGCGCGGCGACGUGCUGAGCCGCGAGUUCGUGCAGGAGCUGGAGAAGCUGCAGGACAAUGUCCCGGCCUUCGACUCCGCCACCGCGGUGACCAUGCUGGAGGAGGAGCUGGGGCGGCCCGUCGGCGCGGCCUAUGCCAGCUUCAGCCGCACCCCGCUGGCCGCCGCCAGCCUGGGCCAGGUGCACUACGCCACGCUGGCGGGCGGCGAGCCAGUGGUGGUCAAGAUCCAGCGUCCGGGCCUCAAGCGCCUCUUCGACAUCGACCUGAAGAACAUCCGUGUGCUGGCACAGUGGCUGCAGAGGCUGGACCCCAAGACCGACGGCGCGGCCAGGGACUGGGUGGCCAUCUAUGACGAGUGUUCGCGCAUCCUGUAUGAGGAGAUUGACUACACCAAGGAGGGCGCCAGCGCCGACCUGUUCCGCGCCAACUUUGCCGGUGUUGACUGGGUCAAGGUGCCCCGCAUCAAGUGGGACCUGACCACGGAGCGGGUGCUGACGAUGGAGUACGCGCCAGGUGUGAAGAUCAACAACACGGUGGAGCUGGACCGGCUGGGCCUGGACCGCCAGCUGCUGGCCACGCGGGCGGUGGAGGCGUACCUGCAGCAGAUCCUGCGCCACGGCUUCUUCCAUGCCGACCCCCACCCGGGCAACAUCGCGGUGGACGGCCAGGGCCGGCUCAUCUACUAUGACUUUGGCAUGAUGGGGUCCAUCCCGGGGGACGUCAGGGGUGGCCUGCUGGAGCUGUUCUACGGCGUGUAUGAGAAGGAUGCGGACCGCUGUCUCACUGCCCUGACGGCCAUGGGGGUUCUUGUGCCAACGGGCGACAUGACUGCGGUGCGGAGGACGGCAGACUUCUUCCUGCGCUCCUUCAGCGACCGCCUGACCAACCAGAAGGAGCCACAGCGCCGGACCAAGGAGGAGAAGCGGAUGAAAAGGAAGGAGAUCCUCUCUUCCAUUGGGGAGGACCUCCUGCUCGCAGCGGCAGACAAGCCCUUCCGCUUCCCCGCCACCUUCACUUUUGUGGUCCGCUCCUUUACUGUCCUGGAUGGCAUCGGGAAGACUCUAGCCCCUGGCUUUGACAUCUCCAAGAUAGCAGCCCCCUACGCACGGGACCUGUUGCUGGAGGGUCGGCCGCUGCUGGCCAAGGCCAGCCAGGACUUCAGGGGGCGCCUGGCCCUGCAGAACCGCGCCGUGGUCAACUUGUUCCGUGCCCCCAACCUGGUGCAAGACAGCGCCGACCUGCUGCAACGGCUGGAGAGGGGGGAGCUCAAGCUCAGGGUCCGGGCCCUGGAGGCCGAGCGUGCUCUAGACAGGGUCGCGAGAAUGCAAACCGCCACGCUGUACGCCCUGCUGGCCAGCGCGCUGGUGCAGGUGGGCUCGGCAGCCACGCGGCAGCUGCUCGCUCAGGCUGCGUUUGGAGGUGCCGGGGUGGCUGGCAUGUUUGCGAUCCUCUCUUUGGCAAAGGUUCGUUCCCUCCAGAAGAAGGAGAGCCUGUACACCGGCUCUGGAUAG